CGCUAGUUUCCGGCGGGACCUUGUGCCACGGCGUUUCCCUUCCCCCGGCCCGCCGCGCCGCGCCGCGCCGCCCAUGGAGUCGCGGGUGCUGUGUCUCGGCCGCGGCGCCGGCGGCCCAGCGGCGCGUAGGGUGCGCCUGCUGCUGCGGCAGGUGCUGCGCGGCGGCGCCCCCGCGGCGCGGCCCCUCCGCCUGGAGGUGCGGGCGCUGCGCAGCUCAGGUAACGGCCCCCGUCCGGCUCCAGGCCCGCGCCGGGGGCAGGUGGCAGGUCCGCUGGGCGCUGCCGUGGUUGCGCCUUCCUCUGCGGGUGAUACUGUGACUAUUGGAGAUGUGUCUUUUAAACUCAGAACACCAAAGAACCCAGAACUUGUUCCACAGAACUACAUGACAGAUUCUUUGGCCCAGUCUGUAGUCCACCAUUUAAGAUGGAUAAUGCAGAAAGAUCUCCUCGGCCAAGAUGUCUUUCUUAUUGGUCCUCCUGGGCCCCUCCGGCGGUCUAUUGCAAUGCAGUACCUGGAGCUGACGAAGCGGGAGGUUGAAUACAUUGCACUAUCGAGGGACACCACAGAAACUGACCUCAAACAGCGACGGGAGAUCCGAGAUGGUAGUGCUUUUUAUCUUGAUCAGUGUGCAGUUCGUGCAGCUACAGAAGGCAGAAUCCUUGUGUUGGAAGGUUUGGAGAAGGCCGAGCGCAACGUCUUGCCUGUGUUGAACAAUUUGCUGGAGAACAGGGAAAUGCAGCUAGAAGAUGGUCGUUUUCUCAUGUCUGCAGAACGUUAUGACAAGCUUUUGCAGGAACAUACAAAAACAGAGUUAGACGCAUGGAAGAUUGUUCGUGUUAGUGAAGAUUUUCGAGUAAUAGCAUUGGGUCUACCAGUACCUAAAUAUUCUGGUAACCCUUUGGAUCCUCCCCUUCGCUCUAGAUUUCAAGCUAGAGAUGUUUAUCAUCUGCCAUUUAAGGACCAUCUUCAGCUAUUAUAUUCAGUUGGAUCAAACAUACCAACAGAGAGAAUUUCUCAGCUCCUGUCUUUUGCUACAACUCUGUGCUCUCAAGAAUCUUCCACGUUGGGACUUCCAGAUUUUCCUUUAGACAGUUUAUCGGCUGCAGUUCAGAUUUUGGAUUUCUUUCCUAUGAUGUCAGUCCAGCGUAUUAUUGACCGGCUUUACCCCUAUAAUAUUUUCCUCGGAAAGGAAGGCAGGACUGCAGUCAAAGAUACAUUAAAACGUUUUGAGCUACAGGAUUCAAAAAGCCAUUUGCUUCCCAGAAGGAUUACAAAAGUAGAAAGCGUACAUGGAAACAAAACCUUCAAGGCUGAUGUAACUGUCCAGAUUGGUGAAAAAGAAGUGAUCUUCCAGGUUCCUGCUGGGACUGGACCAUUAAAACCACAUUCUGGAUCAGAUUCUUUCAUAAGGACUCCCAGCCAUAAUCAGCUGUUGGCAGAAAUGAUGCAGUCCCAUAUGGUUAAAGAUAUGUGUUUAAUUGGAGGAAAAGGCUGUGGCAAAACAGUUAUUGCUAAGGAGUUUGCUGAUAUACUAGGAUACAGCAUAGAACCUAUCAUGCUGUAUCAGGAUAUGACGGCUAGAGAUUUGCUGCAGCAGAGGUAUACUCUUCCUAAUGGAGACACUGCUUGGAGACCGUCGCCACUCGUUACUGCUGCCCUGGAAGGAAAGCUUGUUAUUCUUGAUGGCAUUCAUCGAAUUAACCCUGGCACUCUAGCUGUACUUCAAAGGCUAAUUCAUGACAGAGAACUGACUCUCUAUGAUGGCACCAGAUUAUUAAGGGAAGAUAGGUAUCAAAGCUUAAAAGAAGAAUUACAGGUCUGUGAUGAGAAACUACAGGAAAGGUCUGUCUUUCCUAUUCACCCCUCAUUCAGAAUAGUUGUCUUAGCAGAACCUCCUGUCAUUGGAAGUAGUACCCAACAAUGGUUGGGUCCAGAGUUUCUGACGCUGUUUCUUUUUCAUAACGUUCAAUCUUUAAGCAAGAAUGAAGAAAUUCAAAUUAUUAAAGAAACGAUUCCAAAUGUACCCCGUGUUGCUGUGGAGCAGUUGUUGUCAUUAACGCACAAGCUUCGGGAGACAAAUGAUGCCACAGCACAGUCACUGGCUUCAUCUUUAUCUACUCGACAACUAUUGCGAAUUUGUCGUCGACUGUCACACCAUCCAGAUGAAAGUCUUCACUAUGCUGUUAAUAAAGCCUGCCUUUCCAGGUUUUUACCAAACCUUGCCAGAUCAGCUUUACAGAAAAAUCUGCUGGAUUCUGGUAUUGAGACAAGUCCAGAUGACAUAAGGAAACUAGAGGAGAAGGAUUACACCUGUGAAAUAAGCAAUGGGAUUCUGAAGAUAGGGGCUGUAACUAUGCCAAUUUAUAACCCAACUGAGAAAAUGAAAGUGCCUGAUGUUUUGUUUUAUGAAAACACUCAGCACAUGAUGGUAAUGGAAGAUAUGCUGAAAGACUUCCUGCUUGGAGAACAUCUUCUUCUAGUUGGCAAUCAGGGCGUUGGGAAAAACAAGAUUGUUGACAGAUUCCUUCACCUCUUAAACAGACCCAGAGAGUAUUUACAGCUGCAUAGGGAUACCACUGUACAAAGCCUUACUCUACAACCUUCUGUUAAAGAUGGGCUUAUUAUAUAUGAAGAUUCACCACUGGUAAAAGCAGUGAAGUUCGGACAUAUUUUGGUAAUUGAUGAGGCAGACAAAGCACCGACGAAUGUUACCUGUGUCUUGAAAACUUUGGUAGAAAGUGGGGAAAUGGUUUUGUCAGACGGAAGGCGAAUUGUUGCCAAUUGUGCUAAUACAGAGAGGAGAGAAAAUGUAAUAGUAAUUCAUCCUGAUUUUAGAAUGAUAGUUCUAGCAAACAGACCUGGAUUUCCUUUCUUGGGUAAUGACUUUUUUGGCACGCUAGGGGACAUUUUUAGUUGCCAUGCUGUUGAUAAUCCCAAGCCACAGUCUGAAUUGGCUAUGCUUAGGCAAUACGGUCCAGAUGUUCCAGAGCCAAUUCUUCAAAAAUUGGUAGCUGCUUUUGGAGAACUCAGGAGUUUGGCUGACCAAGGAAUUAUUAACUAUCCCUAUUCAACUAGAGAAGUUGUGAAUAUUGUAAAACAUUUACAGAAAUUUCCAACUGAAGGAUUGGCAAAUGUUGUUCGAAAUGUAUUUGACUUUGACUCCUACAACAAAGAAAUGAGUGAAAUUUUAAUCAGCACUUUGCACAAACAUGGGAUACCUAUUGGAGCAAAACCGACCAAUGUACAGCUGGCCAAGGAACUGCCGUUACCAGAACAUAAAUUUACGGGCUACUGGAGAAUUGACGACCUAGGAAGUGCACAACAGAAACUGCUGUGUCCAACAGAAACUCAAAAAAUAGAUGUCAAGGGACCUGUGUACUUAAAUAUUCAAGGAUUUCCCGUGGAACGACAUGAAGCCAGGGCCCUCAGCUUCACAGAAGAGCUUUCUUUUUGGAUACUGCCUUUGAAUGAAGUUAACUUAGUUUGUGAUGUUGCCGUAAUGAAAGAAGAUGAAACUGAGAAUGUUCUUUAUGUUGCUACGUGCAAUCCUGUUUCUUUGUACUUUAUGAAUGUUUCUAGUAAGAGUGGAUACUUCGUGGAUUUUUAUGACCUGUUCCCCAGAACAGUUGGAAAUGUCUGGCAGCCUUUUGUGACUGUGGCACCGCUGGGAAAUCCACUCAAAGGUCAAGUGAUUCUACAUGAAGAGCAGAGUAACGUCGUGUUGUUGCUGGAUACAAACAAUGGUGCCCUUCGCCGACUUUUGCUCUUACCAGGUGCUCAAGAGACUCCCAAGAAAACAUCUUGGUGGAGCAGCAAGGAAGAGAUGAGCAACUACAAAAUGUGCCGAGAAUUUUCACACAAAAACUGGCUGGUGUUCUACAAAGAAGAAGGAAAUUGCCUUAUUGUAUUAGAUGUACUGGAGGGUCAAACUCAUACCAUCUCACUUCCAAUCAAGCUCAAAUCGGUUUUCCUGGUGGCUGAAGAUCGGUGGCUGUUGGUGGAAAACCAGACAAAUCGGAAAUUUCUUUUAACCAAGCGUGCCCAUAUGGAAGCUGAAGACAGUGAGGUUUGCCAGCUGUAUGCACUGAGUGAAGAGCCAGCUGACAUGGGAUUUGGCUUAACAACAGCGUCAGAACUGUGUGCGCCGCAUGCAGUUUCAAGUGACCAGCUAUCUUCAGAAAACCUCAGUGCAGCUGUGGGACAAAAGAUCAGCUCCCCCAACAGGAUUUUCUCAGAUGAACAUAAUUACGCUACUAUUGUUAUUGGUUUCCCAGACCUCUUGUCUCCCAGUGAAGUGUAUAGCUGGAAAAGAAACUCCUCUCUGAGUCGCAGAUAUGCUUCUCCUUCUGAUCCAUUUUAUUAUGGAGCCCGGAGGAAAACAGGAGCUGCAAAACAAACCAAUUGUGUAACUUUACUGGCUUCUAAUCAAAUAGUCAGAAUUUUAGCACCUGGAGAUGUGCCUUUGAAAGACAUUUACCCAAAAGAUGUCACUCCGCCACAAACUGCUGGAUACUUGGAAGUAACAGAUCUCAACUCAAAGAAAAUCAAAUAUAUUGCUAUUCCUAGAUCAGCAUCUCUCUCUCCCUAUACAUCUUGGCUGUCUAAGAUCUCAGAUACAGAUGUUCUCUUGGCACCUCUGGGCAAAGUAGGUUUGGUUAGUGUGGACAUGGGAGGUGGCGUGAGACUUUGGGAGACAGGGCUCGACAGCCUACAGCGUUCGCUGCAGGACUGGAGGAACAUGAUCGGACAAGAAGAUGGUCGACCUGUGCAGAUAACAAUUCAGAGGGACAGUGGUUUGGAUGUCAGUUCUCCCAAGCAUGGAAAGGUUGAUCCAAACAACAUGCCUCACGUUGGCGGAAACACUUGGGCUGGUGGAACAGGUGGGAGAGACACUGCUGGCUUAGGUGGUAAGGGUGGGCCAUAUCGAUUGGAUGCUGGCCACAAGGUUUACCAGGUAUCUCAAGCUGAAAAGGAUGCUGUUCCCGAAGAGGUUAAGAGAGCUGCACGGGAGAUGAGCGAAAAGGCCUUUAAACAAAGAUUGAAGGAGAUUCAGAUGAGUGAAUAUGAUGCAUCUACUUAUGAAAGAUUCUCCGGAGCAGUUCGACGACAAGUUCAAUCGCUCCGCAUCAUCUUAGACAAUCUGCAGGCCAAGGGUAAGGAAAGACAGUGGCUGAGACACCAAGCUGUUGGGGAGCUGGAUGAUGCCAAAAUCAUUGAUGGGCUGACAGGAGAAAAAGCCAUUUAUAAACGACGGGGAGAACUUGAGCCACAACCUGGGAGCCCCCAGCAAAAACCUAAACGCCUGCGCCUGGUAGUGGAUGUUUCUGGUAGCAUGUACCGCUUUAAUGGAGUGGAUGGACGACUGGAGCGCUCCAUGGAGGCUGUCUGCAUGGUCAUGGAAGCUUUUGAGAAUUAUGAGCACAAGUUCAAGUAUGAUAUUGUGGGGCAUUCAGGAGAUGGCUUCAACAUCGCCUUGGUUGGGAGUGACAAAGUUCCCAAGAACAAUAAGCAAAGAUUAGAGAUUCUUAAGAUCAUGCAUGCCCACUCGCAGUUCUGCAUGAGUGGAGACCACACCUUGGAAGGGACAGAGCAUGCCAUUCGGGAUAUCGCCAAGGAAGAUGCUGAUGAGUAUUUUGUUAUCGUCUUGAGUGAUGCAAAUCUUGAGCGAUACGGUAUUUUACCAUCAAGGUUUGCCCAGGCCUUGACCACCAAUUCUCAAGUCAAUGCUUUUGCCAUAUUCAUAGGAUCCUUAGGAGACCAGGCAGAUAGGCUGCAGAGGACACUACCAGCAGGCCGGUCUUUUAUUGCCAUGGAUACCAAGCAGAUCCCCCAGAUCUUGCAGCAGAUCUUUACAUCUACCAUGCUGUCAAGUGCCUAGCCAUCGCUGAUGUCACGAUGUGUGUAUUCAAAGAAGAAAUCCGCUCCCGCUGAAGAUAUGAACCCUAAAGCUGAGGAUAAACACCAUUAUUAAUGAAGUACCUGCUGCUCUCUAAUCAGAAAGCUAAUCCAAAUAAGCAUGGUAGCUGUGCUGUAAGAUUUCACCGCAAACCUCUCAACUGACUUAAAAUGUGUUCAAAGAAUUGCAGGGGGGCUGAGGUGAAACUCAGGAUGGCUGCAGAGUGAAUGUUUUUCCAGAGGGAUGAAUAAAUAAAGGACCGUUUGUGAUCGUCACUCUGGCUGAUGUAUUGCCAGCACUACACUAUCAUCUCACCCUGUUUUAUUAAUAGCAUCUCUUGGUCCUCUGGGGUUAGGUAAUGUUAUACAAGAUGGAGCCAGCUCAUCUGUUUCAGUGUUUUGUGUGCACAGGUCUGGAUAGUUAAUUCCCUGUUCUGGUCGAAGAGGAAACCCUGCCUUCCUGUGCGGGUGCUUUCUUGUCCUGGUCGGCACCCAGACUUCACCGCUGGGUGCAGGGAACAAUGGAACGGUUUGGAAACACAGACUGUCGCCAUGUAAACAUCCAUUAUCUGAUCAGGCGUGGCACACAGAGUUGUCAGAUCGAGAGAAAGUGGCUGUUAAGAAGAAUUAAAAAAAAAAGAAGAAGAUUCUUUCAGCUCUGCCUGUGAAAAAUGAGGGGAAAGGGUCAAAAGGGUCUUAAGACCCACCUGCCACCAUUUCCAAGGAGUGAAGUACCACGGCAUCUCCUUUGUAAGGCUGAGGAUGAACAUCCCACUUCGCUGUUGCCCAGACUCCCUGGGAGGGCCACGGCACCCCAGAGGCCGGAGGUGCCUUUUAGACAGGGGGAACAAAAAAGUUACUAGCACUCUGCUAGAGCUCCUUUAUACUCUUGCUUGAGUCUUUUGAACAUCCAUCUGGAGGGCAUAUCUAGGUAUUCAAGGUUUUUUCUAAAGGAAUUAAAAAAGAAAAUGUCUGUGUUGGGAUAUAUUUCUUUAAUAUGCAGGAUAUUUAUAAAGACUUACUUUAGAAUUCAGUUGGCUGGUGUUUGGUUUGUCCCUGAGGAGAUAUCCCUAUUUAUAUACUACAGAACAGGUAUCUUGUAAUGCGUCAGGAACAUGGAAGUACUUGAGGAAUUGAAUUAUCAUUUAGCUAGCUGGUAUUUCUCCGCAUCAUCACUAAUACUCUCUGCUCCUAUUAACUCAUUUCAGGGUAAGUGAUUAGACAAAAAUCCAAGGAAGAGUGCUCAUAAAAAUCAGAAAAGAGGAACUAUGGUACUUCACUUCUGAUAUUUCUCUUAAUGCUGCAGUUGCUCAAAUUGCACUGUGAGCAGUCUUUUGCGAAGGGAGGAGGCAUAUCAAUUUGAUCUUGUUACAUACAACCAUCAGUGGUUUAAGGGGUCCAGUUUCUAAUGGGCAUUUGCUACUACAUCAGUCCUGCAGCAGCCAACCUAUGUAACCCGCUUAACUUCCACUCCAGUAUAAAGCCUGCAAGUGUCCAGCAGUUCAAAAUAUGAGACAUCAUAUAACUUCCAGUUCCAGAAGAUGCACUUCAUUUCCAGAGGCUCUGCCUCCCUUAAGCUGAGGACAGGCAUUCAGAAGUGUAACUUCAGACAUCUUUACCAUAGUGUCAAAAAUGGCCUGCUUAUAGGAAGUGUUUGAAUUUCUGGGGCAUUGGUAUUCUUGUUCGUGCACAGUCUUUUUGGAAACAGCUGUAGGCUGUGACCUCAUGUAACAAUAAAUCUUGCCCAAAUAUUGUGAAAUAAUUGUUCGGACUGAACCGCAGAGAUAACCCAAACUCAGAGCAGGCGUCGCUUUGAUUGUCUGGACAGCUUCAAAACUCUUUAUGGUAUGAGGGGACGGAAGGCAUUUUUCAAAGGUUUGUUAUAUUGUUAUGAUAACUAUAUACAUGCAAACAAAGAGGUUAAAGAUGAAAUUCCUGUUUGGAGAGGAGGGAAUUGGGAGGGGAGCAUUGGGAAGAUUAUCCCUGGCUGUGACAAAUACAAACAUGCACACACACACACAGAGCUACUUGCAGAAGUACACGUCAAAAUGUAAGUGUCUUGGCCCUGUAAACACAAUUUGAGAUAUUAAAUGCAAUUAAAAAUUGGCAUAUUAAUAAUUCUGUUAGUAAUUAUCCUUACAUGUAGUAAUUCCUUCAGCAUCUCUGAUUUUAUCACUAGCAGUUCUUUAAGAAGGAAACAUUUUAUUGUAGUCAAAAGUACUGUACAGCUUCUAGAUUACUUAGGGGGAUAAACUUUCUCACUUUGCGUCUAUUUACACUAUGAUACUGUGAUCUUUAUAGUAAAAAUUAGUGUUAUUUAAGAGGGACUGUGCAGUAAAAAUUCCAUUUUAAACCUUCUGUUUGGGUAUCACUGUAAAUGGUAUUUAACAUCAUACUAUUUAACCUUAUUUGUUUGUGUUUGGUCUGGUUUGGUUUUAUUUUUUGUUUCAAGACACGUUGGUCGUAUUUCACUUCCCGUUUCAGGGAGCUGCCGGAUACGGCUGCAUUUGCAGACCAGCCACUGCGGGGAGCGCGGUUGCAAGGGUCUGAAAGCAGCUUCUGGUCGAAUUUGAGAGGAAGGGAGAAGAGAUUAAUGAAAAGGUUAUUUUUUUUAGUCCAGAAGGAGGAUUUUCCAUUUGUUUGUUUUUUAACAGUGCUUCAUUGCAGACCAUAUUUGACCUGACAGUGUCUCUCUAAACUGUUAAAAUUCAGUGAGAAGUUUUCCCUGGGCCCUGUGCAUCUCUCACCUGCUUUAAAGCCCCUCACUACUGCCGAGAAAUCAAAACAGCAGCUGUGCUUGUUCCUGUCUCUCAAGGACUAACAGUGUUAUUUCACUGCUCAGCUUACCAGAAUUUAGCAAACACACUUCUUCCACAUCCCUGAGCCUUCCAGAGCUCUUUAAUAUGCAUUUAUUUUUUUCAUUAGUAAAACACUUGAGUAAUGUGUCUGCACUUUAACAGCUAGGCUAGUGAAUGCUCUUGUUGCUAUACAUGUACCAGCGUUUGCUGAUGCUAUUAUUUCCUUUGAAAGUGUAUUAUUUGCUUCACUGUAUUAAGACAUUUUUCAGCUCUUCUCACAGUUUAUUAUGACACUUUCAAGCUCGUCCAUUUUUAUGGGAAGGCACUGUUUGACUGAGUAAAUAGAUUUGUCAGUUUGAGUGGGUCCUGACUAUUGCAAAUGCUAUAAAAAAUCAUUAAAUAAUUUUAACUACCUCUUAUAAUGCAAACUUAUCUGGGUCUGUUUAGAUAUUUAAUGUAUUCAUACUAACUCAAUAUUUGGUUAGUAACAUUAGACAGUCAUUUAGCAUUAUUAUUUAACUGACUUGAAAAGAAACACAGAGAAAGCCUAGACAGAUCUGUUUUCAGUCAGAGCAAGGCACAAUAAACAUUUAAAAACAUAAGCAGCCUCACAUGAUUGCCUGUAGGAAGGGUAUUUUAGCAUGAAGCAUUAGGAGGGACUGGUAAUCUUUGACUGCUGCAGUCACUUUCUUUUUAAUUUUUCUUAACAGACAUUAGGUAUGAAACGUGACUGUGGAUGUGAUGCUGGAGUUUAUCUAUUAGCCUGGCAAAAAUAAGAAUAAAGAAAGAUCUUAAUUCCUGCUCACAUAUACUGAUGUAAUAUUCAAGCAAACAAACAUGUAACAAAAAAUUUAGAUAUUGUAUAAUAUCAUUAAAAAAAUAAGAAACUGUUGUCCAGUUGGGGAUACAUGUAAGAGAUGCAAAUUAUUAGUUAUUAUAUUAAUUAUUGCAAAACAAUUAUUCAGUUUUGACAAAAGAAAACCUGCAAUUAUGCUGUGUUGGCUAUUGCACAUUAUCUUGUUUAUUAAUAAAUAGCAUUCCUAUAAAAAUGCAAAUGUAAAAGAUAUUUAUUGAGAAAUAAAAAUACAUUUCCUAACCAUA